AUAAGGUCAUUUGAAUUACGCCUGGCUGCGAGUUUAUCGGCCAAAAUGAAGCCCGGGGUGAUAUAAAUGACCGUGACAAUGAACGGACGAUGAUCGCGGGGUUAAAGUCGACUCACAGCGCCUGGUCAUUUCGGAGCAGCAGCCGCAGCGGCAGCGGGUCGCGGUUCUGACAACAGGAGGGGAUCCCAGUGCGUGUCUGCGAGCAGCGGCAGCGGCGGUUGGAUAGCGGAGGGGCGACCGGGCUAGCCUAUAAGCCGAUCAAGGUGGAAUCGCACACAACGGGUUUCACGUUUGAGAUUUCUGCUCAGCUACAUGCUGUGACGAAGUGAAACAAGUGCAAGGAUGAUGCGUCUAGCAUGCUGCACGGCCCUGCUGUUUGUGUUGCGACUGCUGGUGGGCCUGCCGUGGUACCAAGUUCUUCCAGCCAUCCUGAUCUUCUAUCUGGGAAGCGGAGGAUGGAGCUUUCUGCAGAUUUUUGCCAAAACAGUUGGCAGAGACUUACACGCAGCGAGCGUGCUGCUGCGAGUGAAGAUGAACGUCAGACGACACCUCAGAGAGAAGAACACCAUUCCCAAGAUAUUUGCCGAAACGGUGCAGCGUCACGGCGACAAGACGGCGCUCAUCUUUGAGGGGACCGGGGAGAGGUGGAGUUUCCGGCAGCUGGAUGAAUACUCCAACAAAGUGGCCAACCUGCUGUUGGAGCGCGGCUUCAGAGAGGGUGACGUGGUGGCCCUCUUCAUGGAGAACAGGUCCCAGUACGUCGGCCUCUGGUUGGGGAUGGCCAAGAUCGGGGUCGAAGCCGCUCUGAUCAACUUUAACUUGAGACUGGAGGCCUUAGUCCACUGCGUCAUAAUCUCCAACGCCAAAGCCGUGAUCUUUGGUUCGGAGCUGACCGACGCUGUGUCGGAGGUCCACAGCUCGAUGGGGAAGGCCGUGCAGAUGCUUUGCUCUGGAGACUGGGACCCCAAACGAGUUCCACAGGGAACCGAGUGCCUCGAACCGCUGCUGGCUGAUGCCCCUUCCCAUCUGCCCCGCCGGCCCCAACGCUGCUUCACAGAUCGCCUGUUCUACAUCUACACAUCAGGAACCACUGGGUUGCCUAAAGCUGCUAUUGUUGUGCACAGCAGGUACUACCGCAUGGCAGCUUUAGUAUACUAUGGGUUUAAGAUGACAUCGGAUGAUGUCCUGUAUGAUUGCCUUCCGCUCUACCAUUCUGCAGGAAACAUUGUGGGAGUGGGCCAGAGUAUUAUACACGGCAUGACUGUAGUGAUCCGAAAGAAAUUCUCUGCCUCCCGUUUCUGGGAUGACUGUGUCAAAUACAACUGCACGAUUGUGCAGUACAUCGGUGAGAUCUGCCGGUAUUUGCUGAACCAGCCGGUCCGGGACACGGAGCGGCAGCACCGGGUGCGCAUGGCGCUGGGCAACGGGCUCCGCCAGUCCAUAUGGGAGGAGUUCAUGAACCGCUUCAACAUCCCGCAGAUUGCGGAGUUUUACGGCGCCACGGAGUGCAACUGCAGUCUGGGCAACUUUGAUAACAAGAUCGGAGCGUGCGGCUUCAACAGUCAGAUUCUGCCGUUCAUCUACCCCAUCAGACUGGUGCGGGUGGACGAGGAGACCAUGGAGCUCAUCAGGGGACCUGAUGGCGUUUGCAUUCCCUGUAAACCCGGCGAGCCUGGCCAGCUUGUCGGCAGGAUUAUUCAGAACGACCCUCUCCGGAGGUUUGAUGGUUAUGUGAACCAGACGGCAACGAGCAAGAAGAUCGCCCGCAGUGUGUUCAAGAAGGGAGACAGUGCCUAUCUUUCUGGCGACGUGCUGAUCAUGGAUAAGUUCGGCCACAUGUACUUCAAGGACCGAACAGGAGACACUUUCCGCUGGAAAGGAGAAAAUGUCUCGACUACCGAGGUUGAAGGGACUCUCAGCCGGCUGCUGGACAUGAAAGACGUGGUCGUGUACGGAGUGGAAGUACCAGGAGCGGAGGGAAAGGCUGGAAUGGCAGCCAUCGCCGAUCCGUCUCACUCCUCCGACCUGGAGAAGCUUGUAAAAGACAUGGAAAAGGCCCUUCCUCCCUACGCCAGACCCGUCUUCCUCCGCUUCCUUCCAGAGGUCAACAAAACAGGAACAUUUAAGUUCCAGAAGACGGAGUUGCGUCGGGAAGGCUUCGACCCCACUGCAGUGUCAGACAGACUGUUCUUCCUGGACUCCAGCAGAGGGCGCUACACGCAGCUGAACGAGGAGCUGUACCGCUCCAUCCUGACAGGGAAACACAAGUUGUGAUGAGCAGGACGACCACUACGUCUCAGCAUGCGCACACAAGCGCGCGCGCACACACUCGUACGACUACAGAAAAAGAAGACAUUAUUGUGUGACCCGGAUAGCAGAAGAUUUUUCUUUUUUUUUUCCCCCCCCCCUCCAACAUACACACUCACAGUUAUGAAAAGUAAUAGCCAUACACUUACAAAGGUGAAAAAAGCGAAAUUGUCAAAACACACACAUUGUAUUCUAAAAAACACACUGCGGAUUUCCUAAAAACCAAACUAGUGCACAGCGUACCACUCCAUCGAUCCAUUCUGAGCGCUCCCCUGCAGCUUCUCUCGCUACCUCAGCAAACACAGAGAGAGGCACACACCCGGCAGCCAGGUCCUCUUGGUUACCUGAAGCUCUCAAACUCGCCGUCGCGUUCCACGCAUUCCCCCGUUCUCACGAGCAGACAGGUAGAAGAGGAGCACAGGCCGCCCGACAAAUGCAAAAACUCCAAACUCCAGGAAAACUAACUGAAAAGACGUUGUUGAAGAAUGUGUAUUCAGUGCAUCGUGUGUGUGUGUGUGUGCGUGUGGGACUACAGAGGAACCCAUGUGGACCUAAACACUCCCUUCUGUACUCGGUUAUGUUGGCGAGAUUAACGAAAACACUCGACGUCCACUGACCCUGCACAAUCAGCCAGAAGUGACAGACCUGCGAGGCGGCGGCGCCCGGCGUCUCUCUGAGGUUAAGUUCCUAACUGUGUGUCCUCGAAUCGUGUUUUUUUUUUUUUUUUUUUUUUUUGCUCAACAGAACACAAUGUGAACGUAAUGAAGUCUGCCAGGAAUUUUGGGAAAUUCGAGGAAAACCUUUUGAAGUCUAGAACAGAAAAUCCAAUUUGGACCAAUGGUUGAAGCUGAAGGGUUUUACAGUGCAAUAAGGCUCCGCUGUUCGCAGUGCAAUAGUUUGUCACCUCACGUCAAAAGAGCUUUGAGUUUAAAUUUCUUUGCGUCAUACCAAAUAUAUUUAAUUUUUUAAUACCUGCUUAUUUA